AUGUCAUAUCUCAAUAGACUGUUGGUCAUUGGUGGUAACGGUUUUCUUGGUUCUGCUGUCUGCAAGGCGGCUUUAGCAAGAGGCAUGCAAGUGACGAGCAUCAGCCAGUCCGGGGCUCCUUUCCGGACACCGAAGGGUCAUUCUCCUGCUUGGACGUCCGAGGUGAAUUGGCAAGCUGGGAAUGCUCUCAAUCCAGAAACAUACUCUCAUAUUCUCCCAAGCGUCACUGCCGUCGUACAUACUAUUGGGACUUUAUUCGAAGACACCCGCUACAAAGCAGCAUUAAAAGAGGGCAACCUUCCCGCCCUUCUCGAUACACUUGUGUCCAAUAUUGCAGGGGGUGGUCCGUCAAGCAAUCCGCUAGCGGAUAAAUUAGACAACCCUGGUAGUUAUGAGCUACUUAACAGAGAUGCCGCUGUUCGCACCUGUGAGGCGUUUAUAUCGUCUACGCCGAGCACAGAUAUACAAAGGCCAAGGGUAUUUGUGUAUGUGUCUGCGGAAGAUAUAUUCCGACCAUUCAUACCAGCGCGGUACAUCGAGACGAAGCGCGAGGCGGAGACUGAGAUUGAGUAUAUGAUGUCACAAAAUCCAGCGCACCGUCCAGUGUACAUCCGACCCAGUUUGAUUUACCACCCUCAUUUCCGACCGCUCACAUCCCCUAUCGCCGCAUUGCUUGAUCUAUCUGCGACGCUACAUUCGCAAGUUCCGCAGGGCUUGCCCACUCCCUCCGCGUUACUCCGCUCGCUUUCCCGAACCCUUCCAGUGACAUCAUAUUCACAGGCCCUAGCAUCUUCAUCUUCACUGGAUUCAAUGGCGAAUGCUAUGACAAUUCCUCCUAUACACGUAGACCACGUUGCGGAAGCUAUAUGCAUUUCUGUAGAGCAAAGCCGCGAUGAUGGCACCAACGCUCUAGCGCUCAUGCCUGAUUUGAGCAAUGACUCGAAUGCUCCGUUCGGCGUUGAGGGCGUUGCGCAUCGCGUGAUUAUCGCGCGUGACUGGCGAUUGCAGCCUGGAACGCGCGGCGCUGCGGCUUGGGGAUGGGGGGGCGGCCCUAGUGAGGAUUCGACCAUUAGGUGUGCACGGCAGAGUAUCACUGGGACAGGACAAGCCACCAGGCCGGGGGUCCAUACCGCGUUGUACCGGCACCGCAGACAGAAGGCGUGCCUCUUGCACCGGCUGCCUGGGAUACUGAUUGCUACUGUUGUCUUGGGCAUGUCUCUCAGUUCGGCCCUUUUCAGCACCUCCUUUCGGCCGAAAGUCGUUCGGACAUGCUGGCGGGGAUUCCGAUCAACCGCGACAGCAAAUAAGGCUCUGCCAUUUUCCUUGCACAACGUUCGUGGCGGGGCGGUGACCCAGGAUGUUCCUUACCACGAUGAAGGCCGAUUCUUACGCAUGCUCAUGUUUGGGAAACCUGGGGCAGGCAAGGGCACGUUGACGGCGAGGCUCGUGAAGAAAUACGAUGUCCUAUCCCUAUCUACCGGUGAUUUGUUGCGUCAACAUAUUGCGGAGCGGACCGAGGUUGGCCGGAUGGCUGAAGAAAUAGUGGCUACAGGCGGACUCUUACCUGAUGACAUCAUGCUCAAGGUUGUUUCUACCAAGUUAGAUAUGCUACACAAUAAGCAUUGGAUACUGGACGGGUUUCCGCGGACGGUGGGCCAAGGGCAAUUGUUGGAUGAACAUUUGCAACAGCAGGGAUGCCCUCUCAGUUUGGUUGUAAAUCUUAAUGUUCCCGAUGAAGUUAUUUUGAGCCGAAUAUCGGAUCGUUGGGUCCACCUGCCUUCUGGUAGGGUGUACAAUUUAUCAUACAACCCACCAAAAGUAGCUGGUCAUGACGACGAAACCGGCGAACCAUUAACGAAACGACCAGAUGACAAUCCAGAAACCUUUGCCCGUCGACUUGACAAGUUCUAUGCAUCUACGUCCCCACUUCUAGACUACUACCUAGGAAAUCCUGGAAAUGCAAGGAUCGUUACGCUCAGUGGAUCGACAUCGGAUGAAAUCUGGCCGCAAUUGGAGAAUUCCAUUCGCAGCAAUUUCCCGAAUGUUAGGGAACGGACCGAGAGCAGAGAGCAGAAAAGGAGAACCAGCCUUAGCGAGGCGGUAUUGGGCAGAAGCGAUAGGAACUCUGCCAAUAGAGUUGGCAGACUGGUUCGAGACUAUUAA